AUGCCUUACCCCGCAGUUUUCAUCCAGAAUUACCUCAGAGUAUCUCUGAACCCACUCAGGACUAGUUCAUUUCAGCUCCGCCGUCGCCUACAUUUAAGCCCUAGACUCAUCCGACCUCUUCCUCCAUCAUCGAGGCCUGCGCUGGUGUUAAUUUGCUCCUCGUCUUCUUCUCAUGUUUCUUCUUCCAAACACCUAAUUAAGAGAACGAGAAAUAAAGAUUCCUACUCGUUACCUUACUUUUACCAGCAAAGUUUGCCCUACGGCCGCUACGCCUACGACGAAUAUGCUUCCGAGGAGGAGUCUGACCGUGAAAAUUUGCAAUUGCCCCAAAGUUUGGGGGCUUCCACUCUUGAUAACAUUGAAGAAUGGCAGUGGAAGCUAACUACACUAAUCCGAAAUAAAGAUGAGCAAGAGGUAGUUUCACGAGAGAGAAAAGACAGAAGAGAUUUUGAGCAACUCUCAGCACUAGCUACUCGGAUGGGUUUACAUAGCCACCAAUAUUCAAAAGUAGUUGUCUUCAGUAAAGUUGCGUUGCCAAAUUACAGAUCAGAUUUAGAUGAUAAACGGCCGCAAAGAGAGGUGGUUCUUCCUUCAGAACUACACAGCCGGGUUGAUUAUCAUCUAAAAUCAUACCUUUCACAAAAGUCUGCUACCAGAGAUGGUUAUCCAAAUAACACCUUACCUACAUCAAGAACAUCCGAGAGUCUUGUUGGUGAGGCUGAUGAGCCUCUCAGACAAAGUCCUGUUGCAGAGGGAAUUCUCCGGAGGAAGAGUUUUCAGCUGCGAAAUAAACAACAAGAUUGGCAGGAAUCUGUUGAAGGCCAAAAAAUGCAAGAACUAAGGAGAAGCCUACCUGCAUAUAAAGAGAAAGAAGCAUUGUUAAAUGCUAUUUCCAGAAAUCAGGUGAUUGUGGUGUCUGGUGAAACGGGGUGUGGUAAAACCACACAACUACCUCAAUACAUCUUAGAGUCUGAAAUUGAAGCUGCUCGUGGAGCAGUUUGCAGUAUUAUCUGCACCCAACCCAGACGAAUAUCUGCUAUGUCAGUUGCUGAGAGGGUUGCUGCAGAACGAGGGGAGAAGCUUGGAGAUUCUGUUGGGUAUAAAGUUCGGCUUGAGGGAAUAAAAGGAAGAGAUACUCGCCUGCUGUUUUGCACUACCGGCAUUUUGCUUAGGAGAUUACUACUCGACAGGAGCUUGCAAGGUGUAACUCAUGUCAUUGUUGAUGAGAUCCACGAACGAGGGAUGAAUGAGGAUUUUCUUCUUAUCGUGUUGAAGGAGCUUCUUCCUCGCAGACCAGAACUGAAGUUAAUUUUGAUGAGUGCAACCCUAAAUGCUGAGCUUUUCUCCUCCUACUUUGGUGGAGCUCCAAUGAUGCAUAUUCCUGGUUUCACUUAUCCAGUUCGGAGCUAUUUUCUGGAGAAUAUCUUAGAAAUGACUGGAUAUAGGCUGUCAACAUAUAAUCAAAUUGAUAAUUAUGGCCAAGAGAAAUCAUGGAAAAUGCAGAAACAAACUCUUCGUAAAAGGAAGACCCAAAUUGCUUCAGCUGCGGAGGAUGCGCUUGGAGCUGCUGAUUUGAGAGAGUUAAACCCGUGGACUAGGGAUUCCCUGUCAUGUUGGAACCCGGAUUCAAUUGGGUUCAAUCUUAUUGAGAAUGUUGUUUGUCAUAUAUGUAAAAAAGAAAGGCCAGGUGCUAUUUUGGUGUUUAUGACUGGUUGGGAUGAUAUAAAUUCUCUCAAGGAUCAACUCCAAUCUCAUCCGUUACUUGGAGAUCCAACCAAAGUUUUGCUGCUUGCAUGCCAUGUAUCGUUGAAAACAAUGGAAGAUGGUCCUGUAUUGCUUUAUUUAAAUUCAGUUAAUGCUCAGGAACCAAGAAUUCCAUAUCCAUGGCUUGUAUUCAAUGAAAAGGUGAAAGUGAAUACUGUCUUUCUAAGGGAUUCAACAGCUGUAUCCGAUUCUGUGGUUCUCUUAUUUGGAGGCACCGUUUCCAAAGGGGCCAUGGAUGGACACUUGAAAAUGUUGGGGGGUUACUUGGAGUUCUUCAUGAAGCCUGGGUUAGCAGCCACUUAUCUCACCUUAAAAAGAGAGCUUGAUGAACUCAUCCAGAUGAAGCUUUUGAAUCCGAAAAUAGACAUUGGCAAUGAAAACGAAAAGGGACUAGUGGAGGCUCUAAAACUGCUAGUAUCCGGGGACAGAUGUGAGGGUAGAUUUGUCCACGGUCGAAAAGUAUCACCAGUUGUUUUAAAGAAAGAAACAAAAAAUAAAAAAGCCGCAUCCAUAUCUUCAACAAGUGGGAGUGGGAGUGUAGCAGAGCAUGAUAACUCCAAGAAUCACUUACAGACGAUGCUUUUAAGAGCGGGUCAUCAGCCACCAAGCUACAAGACAUCACAGUUGAAAAACAAUAAGUUCCGGUCCACUGUGGUUUUCAAUGGGUUGGAUUUUGUCGGGCAGCCAUGUGGGAGUAAAAAACUUGCUGAAAAAAGCGCUGCCUCUGAGGCUCUCCACUGGUUAACUGAGGCGCUGAUCCCCAUCCCCAUCUCCAUCGCAACACCUUUACCAACCAAGGCUUUGGAAUUGUAUCCAAGAUGAAGGAGAUAGGCGCGUGCAAAAUGGUCAUUUCUACGAAUUUAACGUCUGAGCUGUUCCCCAAAAGGGCUAAAUUUUAUCUUCCGGGACCAUAUCUGUAAAAAUUAACAAACCAAGGACGAAAAGUGCAAUUUAACCCUAAAAUCAAUGAUACUUUAAAGUGUUGUGCCAGGUGAUACAAUACCGACAAAUUUGCUUCCAUUUUUAUUUAUUCAUUUAUUCCUUUUGGAGGGAAAAAUAGUGUGUGCCAUUACAGUUAGUUAACAAAUUUAUGUAAACAAAACUAUCGUUUUAUUUGUUCUUAA